AUGAAAGGGCUGUUUCUGUGUCUCCGCACCGCGCCGCAGCCGCACGGAAAGGGCGCUGCUACGCGGCAGCAGGCGCGCUUUCGAUCUUCUCCUAUCCAUCCUCCUCGCCCUCCGCGUCCUCUCUCCGCAAGCUUCCACUUUGUGCCCUAA